AUGGACGAUGAUGCGGCGGCCGCAGCGGCGGGAGGCGUCGCCGCGCCCAUCCUGGCGGAGCUCAGGCAGCUGGGGGACGACGAGCAGCGGGUCACAUGCCUGACAAAACUUAUAGAGCUCUGUCACAGGCAACCUGGAGCGGCAGAGGGCAUUCUGCAGGAUGUCCUGGCUUUGGAUUACUCCCGCAAUGGCGCAAGGGUCCGUGAGGAGGUUGUGGGUUUGCUGGACAUGGUGGUUGCUCCGCAGCUGAGCGCCCCUGCUGUGCAGCGUGUUGCUGAUCAUUUGCACAGAUGGCUCCAGGAUGAGCAAUCGGUGGUGAGGAGUGUUUUGCAGGCUGGCUGCAGGCUUGUGAGAAUCGCAAUGGCCUGCGCAGCAGUCAAGGGUGCUGAUACCCAACACACUGACGCCUGGAGGCAAGCGUGGCAGCGAGUGUGGUUGUUUGCCAGCGAUGGCUGCGAUGUCGCCCUGGGCAGUGGCAGCGGCGCCGUGCAGCUUUAUGGGGCGAAACUCAUGGAGACGAUCGUUAUUGCGUUCACGGCUCAGGAGACACCAGAGGUCCCUGGUCUGCCCUCUGUGGCGAUCCCCACAAACCACCCCAUCCUGCAACCGACCGUCCUGUUUCAAGACGGUGAGGACAGCCUACGCAAGCUGCUGCGCCUGGCAGACGCCCAGCAGGCAGGGUCACCGAAAGGUCCCGCCAACAUCGUCACCUUCAAGGCCUUAGGGUCAGUGGCGCGCCUGCGGUCCGUCUUCCUGGGACGAAUCCUGCCUCCUCUGCUGGGCCUGGCGAAGUCGGGAAAGUUCAGAGUCGCUGGCAGCACACAGGAACAGACAAGCGGUGUGGAGGUCAGCAUCGCCACAGCUCUGAAAGAGGCCCUGGUGGCAGCUCUGAGGAGCCGGGACGCCACGCAGUGGCGCAACAAGCUGGUGGAGGGGCUGGAAGCGAUCGGCGCUGCCGGUGUGGCAGACCAGCUCGUGAAGGCCAUGGACAGGCAGGCUGCCAAAGAACAGAGGACAAGGAAGGCUGUCCGGAGACAGAGUGACGAUGACAUAGACCCCAAGCGGCAAAAGAGGGAAGACAUGACAGGUGACACACCCGAGAGUGUGGACGGGCAGCCGGGGACAAACACGCUCGCAAGGAAUGGCCAUGCUGGGGCCGAAGACCUGUGGGACCCCCGGCCCGGCUCGGCCGCCAAUUUGAAGCCGUCUUCAGGCCAACGCCCCAGCGCACCUCCCCCAAACUCCUCCUUUUGGAGCCACUCGAGUUCGCAGCAAGCCAACACGCAGGGGGCCACCCGCGGUGCCUAUCAGGAGAACAUAGAGCCGAGGGGGGGGCAGGGGAUGCCAACUGGAGAUCCCAUGGGCGUGGGGGCCCUGUCUGCAGUUGAUGGCAAGGGGGAAGCUGAGGGGGGGGGAAGAGGGAGGCUGGAUGUGACGCAGGUUCGAGCCAUUCUGGGUCUGCUGGUUGGUACGAAGCAGAGGGCGCUGCUGCAGGCGUUUGUGAAGAAUCUGGACGUCCGGAUACUGGCGGAUGUCGUUGUGGCCAACCUGCAGUACCUCCCGGAGAGACCCACCACAGGGCCCAGCACUGCUUCCGCUGCACCUCUGACUCCCUCCCAGCCAGGGGCAUCUGCAGACAAACCUGCAGCUGAUGGGCCUCCAGCCCAGGAAGCCUCCAUGGUUCCUCCCCCACCCCCUCCUUUUCCACCUCCGCCGCAUCGUGAUGAGGAACCACCAACAUCUGUGGCCCAGCCGCAAGCAGUUAAUACUCCUUUUACCCAGCCCACUGUGACAACCUCGUGGCAUCAAGACCCUGCAAAUGCCGCCAAGGAGCCCAAAGGCGUUUGCCUGCCUGAACGUGGCCAAGCAACUCCUGAUGGCAUUCAUCUGCCAGAAGAUUCGUUGCCUAAGUCCUUGCACCAAUCUAAUGCUAUGCUGGCACCCACUGAAGGGGACAGCACCGCUGUCGAUCCCAAACUUCAUUCCACAGCGAAGUUGCUGGGGGGAGAUAUGCCAGGGGCGUCAGUGCUUCUUGCUCAAUCUGUGGAUGAUUUGCAAGCCAGCGCUGCACAAACCAGCAAUGCCGAUGCACCUCGCGGUGAAGGGACCGAGGCGGAUGGCGGUGAAUCAAGGCAGGAAACAAAGGCUGGGAUCCGUGCAGAAAACAGGGCAGCCAUGGACACAUCCACUUCGCAGGGAGCUCCCAUCAAUGGGCAGUCGGAUGGCAGAACUGGCAACGGUGAUGUGAAGGCUGCAGUGCAUGGGGAGACUGCCAAGUUUGGCUCUUUAGAUGCCAUGGAUGUGGAUGGAGCCAACGUCGGCGAUAGGAUGGAUGCAAGGGGGUUGGAGGGAGAGAAAUUGGAAGUGGAAGAGUCCAAGGAUGAGAAAGUAAAGGCAGGUGUGUUGGGCCUUGGGCUGGGUGCCGGCCUAGCGGGAGGGUAUCCCAUGGAUGUGAAGAAGCAAGAGGAGGACCUUGGGCAGGGUGAGGGUAUGUCAGACACGGAGGAAGCGGGGGAAAGCGGUGACGAACAGGUGGAGGUGGAUACCACCACCAGGCUGCCAGAUGACGGAGCUCCCAGAUUGGCCUUGCGCCCACGGACGCUUACGCCCGACCAGCGGCAGUCCCUCAUGCAGCUGAGCGUGUCUCCACUGAUCAGGGCCAACACCAGCAACAGCCGACAUGCCAGCUUCUCCCAGGGUGUGAUGGCCAAGUUGGCUGGGACGCCCAAGGACGGAAGCCCUAUGGACGCCAUACUCGAUCACAUCGUGGACAUGUUCCCUGAAAUGAGCGGCCGAGAGCUGGCGGUGAAGUGGCUCUACAGCGUGUUUGUGGCUCAUGGUCCGCCAACUGUAACUCCACCCAACUCAGUCAGCCCGCCCAAGGCCACAGCCCCAGAGGCUGCUGGUGACAUGGAUGUUGAUGCUGCCAAGAGUGACGAUGCAGGUGCCAAGGAAAAGAGUGACCAGGGUGAGGCAGCCGAUUGUCUAGUGAGCAGCAGUGGCAUCGGACACUAUGAGUACGCACUCAGCCUUCUGCUGGAGAGAAUCAGUGACAAGCUCCAGGACCCCCGGGACAAGACCUUCAAGCAGCUGCUGCUGGACGCCCCUGCCCUGCCGCCCACCCCCCUCAAGGCCUUCCUUGCCGCCCUCACUGCCCGCGGCCCUGCCUGGUCGACCACAUCCCUCAGUGUUGCUCUGGAGCUCAUGAAAGAGAGGCCUCCCUUGCAGAGUGCCAUGUUGGAGCUGAUCCUUGAGGCGGCCACGAGCGACCGGGACGACACGCGCGAAAAGGCCAUCCGCUUGAUCAAGAACCGUCUGUUCAGGGACUUCUCUGCGCAGGUGGAGGUCUUUGCGACCCAGGCGCUGCAGAGGCUCGAGGACCAUGAACCGCAGAGUGAGGCAGUGGAAGGCAGGGAGGGUGGGACAGGGGAGGGGGCAGAGGAGAACGAAGGCGGUGGCGAGGUAAGCGGGGCUGGCGAGGCGAUGGAGGAGGCACCAGCGGAGGCGUCGCCGUGGAUGCGAUACUGCAAUCUGUACAUGGUGCUGUGCACGAUGAAGGGGAGCAUGCUCAGAGGCCUGCUGAUGGUCUACGCCAAUGCCUCCAGAGGUGCCCAAGCUGCCAUACACAGCUACACCAAGCAGCUGGCGGAGGCCAUCGGCAUCCACAGCCCCAAGUUGCUGGCCCUCAUCGACGACCCGCCCCCCGGGUCGGAGCACCUGCUGCUGAUGAUGCUGACAGUCGUGCAGGACCGAGUGCCGCCGCCGCCUGUCGUCAAUGCGUGCCUGAAGCAGUAUGAAAAGACGAAGGACACCAGGUUCCUGAUGCCCGCCUUGCUGGGCAUGGCCAAGCGCGACGCCCUGGCCUGGGUGCCCCGCCUGGCGGCCCUCCCUGAGGCCGCCUUCUCGCAGGGCGUCCUGAUGCUCAUCCGCCGCCGGGGUGCCGAUGAGGCCGUGGAGCCCAACGAGGUGCUCGUCGCCCUCAACCGCGCCCGGUUAUCAGAAGUGGGCGUCACCGUGCUGCAGCUACGGGCGGCGCUGGACCACUGCCUGCGCGGCAUGGCGCAGAUCUUCGACCAGAAGGCGCUGGCCGCGGCGCUGAACAAGCUGGUGGAGGAGCAGACCUUGCCGCUGCUGUUCAUGCGGAUGGUCAUCCUGUCGGUUGGGCGGGAGCGGGGCCUGAGGCGAUUCGUGCUGGACACGCUGCUCAGCGGAUCGGUCGUCAAGGAGAAGAUCCGGCCGGACAGGAACCAGUGGCGCGGCUACCUGAUGCUGCUGCGCCGCACGGCGCCCAUGUCCCACCGCCACCUGCUGGCGCUGCCCACUGAAUUGUUGAAGGCAGCGGUGGAGGAGCUGCCCGGGGAGUUCGCGGGCGGGCUGCUUGGGUACGUGGAGGGGCCGGGAUGCGACGUGCGGGUGCCGGCGGACUCGCUGGCGGCCGUGCGCGCGGCGGUGAAGAGGGCUGAGGAGAGGCGGCGGGCGGCGGAGGCCAAGGCCAACGCGGAGGCGGAAGUUGGGGGAGAAGACUGCGCGGUGGCAGGGGAGGCUGGAGAUGAGAGGUUGGUUGGCAGGGGUGAGCAUCAGCAGGAGAAGCCGGGAGAUGGGGCAGAGGAGAAACCAAGCGAGGAGGCAUCAGAGGCGAAGGGCUCUGUCCGGAAUGGCGAUCUGGGUGAGGAGAGGGACCCAGGCGGGGAAGCCUCAGAGGCCAAGGAGCAGGAUUAG